CCUACACGGCGACACACGUUUCGAUUAUUCAUUUGUACUUAUUUAUUGUUACGUAUAUUUAAUUUACUUUUAAAUCAUGGCAAUACGAAAUCCUAGACUGCCGCUUUUGCCUGGAUACGGGUCUAAUCCCUUGAUUGGCAAGAAAAGUUUUGGCGUACGCCCUGUAUUUACAUCUAUAGAUAGGGUGAAUAUGCUGGUUGACAAGACUGAGGGCGAGAACCGCGUGCCCUCACUCUACUGCCGCAAGCAAGCACCAGACCUGCCUACCUGGAUCAUGUACGACAAGCAUAUUUUGCGCUUUCAAGCAUUCUUUCAACAAACGCUGCACGAGAUGCGAAGUGGAGCGUCUGUUCUGCGCAAAGUGAACAUAUUCUUCUUUUUGGAAGAUGGCACUAUCAAAGUUAUGGAACCGCGAACAGAGAACAGCGGAUUAUCACAAGGUACAAUGAUUGCCCGACAAAGAAUCCGUCUCCCGCACAGCUAUGAUUUAUACUAUGAUGUACUUGAUCUUAACAUCGGGCGGGAUGUCACAUUCUUUGGAAAAGUUUUCAAGAUUGUAAAUUGUGAUAAUUUCACGAGAGUAUUCCUCAACCGUCUUGGCAUCAAUGUACCCGAUCCUAUACCUUGGCCUGAUGCAUUAGAAAGAGCACCAUCCAAAGGUGGUCCACCAAAACACCGGCCUUUUAGACAGUUUUUAGAUUUCGACAGACAAGUUUUACGUUUCUAUGGUUACUGGGACGAUCGUGAUUCAGAAUUUGGAGUAAUGCAUUACUUAGAAAUACACUACUUCCUCGGAGAUGACACUAUCGAGAUAAAAGAGAAAAUGCCUCCAAAUUCGGGCAUGGAAGCUGGUCCAAUGUUUUUGAAGAGAAUGAGACUCCCACGGAAAUUACCUUCCCGCGUGGAGAUGACUGGAGGUCCAAAAGUAGCUUCGUAUAGUCCAGCAGAUUUAAGCAUUGGAGCAGUCCUCAAUGUGUAUGGCCGCAACGUCGUCCUCACUGAUUGUGAUCCAUACACCAAGGAAUACUAUAGAACUACUUACGGCUUUGAUGCCUUUACUCCAUUAAGCAUUCCUGAUGACGAGAAAGAAUGUGUGAGCGCGGGUGUGGCUGAUAGGCAGCUACCUCCCUGGAACGGCUAUGGGUCUUACGAUGAUUCCGCCGAAAACUGCAGAACUGUAGAGCCUAAGCCACCUCAUAAGGACUUCAUCAAGUUUCUUCACAAGGAUCGAGUUGGUUUCGAUUCCCAUGUUCUUCGUUUUGCCGCUCGUCUAAUAAGCGAUGAGCCGGUGGACGCAAGACGAUAUUUCAUAAUAAAAUACUUCCUGUGUGAUGAUACCAUCGGUGUUUUCGAACUGGGUGAAAGGAAUUCUGGAUUCAAGGGUGGUAAAUUUUUCCGUCGCGACAAGAUGUACUUGCCAGACGUGAACUUCUUCGUGCCGAAAGAGCCUCCAGCAUACACAGACCAGGAUAUGUGGGUGGGCAACGAGCUGGUCAUCAACAAGCACCGCUUCAGGCUCAUCGCUGCCGACGAGUAUGCGUUGCGCUAUUUGGAGGUCAAUGCGGAACAGUAUCCCAUGGCAAACAUAGCACUUAUAAUGGACAAAAUUCGGCGCGUCCUGGCAUCACAAGAUAAUGGGUACAAAAAUUUUGUCGCUAAAUACAUGGAAGCGGUCUUACCACACAACAAGGAGCUAAUGUCUGUAAAAUGCUUCAAACAAGCACUGAAGGAAAUCAUGUGCGAAAAAAUGACAGAACAUGAGUUUCUGACUUUGAUCCGGUACUUCCGUGGUGAUCCUGGAAAAGAGAAAAGUCCUCGCCGAGAAAUGAUAAGAUCUCUGGUGUUCACGGAGCUGACCCGCGGCCUUUGGGAUGACCGCGACCGCCUGCGCGAGGGGCUGAUGCAUGCGGAUGAGACCGGCACCGGCGUGCUGCCGGUGGAAAGACUGCGUCAGCUGUUACGCGCACAUCGCCUGCCCAUCAAUCUUGACUUGAUGGACUGUAUGCUACAAGUAUUGCACAAAGACGACAAAUGCAACGUGCAGUACGAAGAUUUGAUGUCAUUCCUGGACUUCAAGACUCGACCGGUCUUCAACUUGAGCGAAACUGACUACGAGAAGGUGGUCCGACACGCGCCCCCAUUAAAGGACACGGAGUGCAAAUUAUGGGCUGAAGCUGAAACCAUGAUCCAGGACGGUUUCGUCAAUUGGAACGCGUUCCUCUGCCAACUGAAUCUGGAGCAUCUAGUCAAAGAUCAAUCUUAGGUAAAUGGAUUUCUUAUUAAAUAAGCGUCUGGCUUUUAUGUUCUUCUAUUAAAUUAGUGUCGUACUUAAAACAACUGCUUUUAUAUUACAUGUGUCACUAAUUUCGCUUCUUUGCGUUGUGUGUUAAAUAAAAAUACAUUGCUGUAAUGAUUUCGUACCAAAUAAAAUAAACGUAAUGAAAAUUAAACAGAUACUCAACAGUUCAUUUAAAACGUUAAAAAUGUAGUGCGAAUAUCUAAAAUUAAAGGUAAUGUGCGUUGAUCUCUUAUCUCAAUAUUUUGAUAAGUAUUGUAACUUAAUGACUGUAAAAAUACUUACCUAUUAGGUUUUUGGAAUAAAAUGCAUUGUAU